AUUUACAGAGCGCCGUUAUCCGAUUACAUUGACACAUACAAAAUAAAAAACUGAUUUCCUCCAUCGUCCUUAUCGCGAGUAGAAUUGCUUUUUAACACUUCAUCAAAACAUCAUUCUAUUUUUCCUCUCUGUAUUCUUUACACUAAUCACUUUGCCUUGAAUAAAAAAUUGUCGUUUGAAUAAAAUUUCAUUUUGCCUUUUCAAUGUAAGUUCAUUCAAUCCUUUAAAUUAAAUUUCCUGACGAUAUUCACUCCUCUUGAGAUAAAGUUUCGCAGACGAUUUCCAUCGUUUAAAUGGAAUUUUACUCAUCUUUUAUUUUUGUUAUUUAUAUAAAUUUUAAAAUUUAUUUAUGAUGUUCCGUCAUUGAAGCAGAUUUCCAUUGACUUAACUAAAACAGUUCCGCAUACUCAAAAAAUUAUGGUGAUGUGUUUUAUAAAAAGUUUUCAAACGAUAUUUAAAAUAAAUUGUGUUCUUUCAGAAAAUUAAAUUCAUACGUGGCAACAUCAACUACUUGAUAGGAAAUCAAACCAAUUUUUAUUAACUUCCAUGCGCGAACGUACCGAAUUCUAUUUUCUUCUGUGAAAAACAUGGACAGAUUCCAAAUAUUCUCUGAUACAAAGAAAAAUAAAACGGAAUAGUGCUGAUCUUUUGAAGUGAAAAUGUGUGCAUGUUGGAUUAAUAAGUGUUAAGAGGAGCAAUUUCUCGUAAAAGAGUGUUUUCUAACGAUUAUUUUGUUUGCCUUAUAUUUAUGGAUAUAUUUCUACUUACUGUGAGAAAACACUAAUUCUGUGAAAUAAACUCGUUUUGUUGAAAUUUUAAAUGACCGCCUCGAAUAAUACGGAAAUGGAAGCGGCAUUUGGAGCUGUAAAAUUAACUGACUUUCCUCCCAUUCAGUACAGCAGCUUUUUUGUUCCAUGCAUGCUAGAAGAGGCCGCUAAAAAGGCUGAUAAUCAGGCUGCAGAACUUUCUAAUAUUCUGCGUCCUAAAGACAAAGACAACGACCUAAGUCCCAGAAAGAAUCUGUCUCGUAGCAGGGUCCACCAGUUUGCCAGAAAUGCAUUCGGUUCAGCAAAAGCAAGCGUUUCUAAAACAAACAAUACCGAAUCUAAUGAAGGAAAAAAUCCUGAUAUCAACAAGGCUUGCCCUGAUCAGCUUACCCUUCUGCAGCUAUUGGCUCUUAACGCACUUGAUCUUACGGCUCCAGCUAGCAAUGUAUUGUUGAAAAACAGACUCAACAAUUGGGUACAGCUGUCUGGACACGAAGGAUCAUUUGCUCCUGCUGGGCCUGGUACAAUCUGGAAGAAAAGUUCAAAGGACCGAAUUGAAAUCAUAGCUUAUGAAAAAUUGAUGAAAGAUACCCUACAAUCUAUGGUGCCACAGUUUUAUAAAGAUGUAGAAUAUAACAAUGAAUAUUUUAUUGAAAUGCAAGAUCUUCUGUAUAAUUUUAAAAACCCUGCAGUUAUGGAUAUCAAAAUGGGAACUAGGACUUUUUUAGAGUCUGAAGUUGAGAACAGUAAAGCUAGGACUGAUUUGUAUGAAAAAAUGAUAAAAGUUGAUCCAAAUGCACCCACACCAGAAGAGCAAGAAGCUAAGGCUAUUACUAAAUUGAGAUAUAUGCAGUUUCGAGAAAAUUUAAGCUCUUCAGCUGAACUGGGUUUUAGAAUAGAGGGCUUCAAGGUUCAUGGACAGGAGCCAACAAAAGAUCUUAAACUGUUACGCUCCAGAGAUGAAAUCUGCAAGACAAUGAGGCAGUUCUUAAAUGGAAGUGAAAAGAUAAGAUUACAAGUGAUUGCUAGGCUACAAAACUUACGAGCAAAGCUAGAGAAGUCACCAUUCUUCAGGCAACAUGAAGUUAUAGGCAGCAGUAUUCUUAUAAUUCAUGAUGGUAAAAGAGCAGGAGCAUGGAUGAUAGAUUUUGCCAAAACAAAUUCAUUACCAGAAGGUGUAAGCAUCACUCAUAGAUCAAAGUGGACUUACGGAAAUCAAGAAGAUGGAUAUUUAACGGGAUUAGACAAUCUGAUUACUGUAUUGAAAGAAAGUGGUAAAAUAAAAAACAAGAGUUCAUCCUAGUUUCAACUUUCACCUUCAAUGAAAUUCGUGUCCUUUCACUAUCUGUGACCUCAUUUUUCUUUUUUUUUGUGAAUUUCAUUUUAGUCAUUUUAAUUGUGAGCAAGACAGGUUGAUUGUUUUCUUGAUCACCUAAAAAAUCUUUGUGCAAGUUCCUAUAAAUCUUGUUUCUCAGCAACACAUCCCAAUGCAAAUUGCCUUUGUUCAAAACUUUUUCUUCAACUAAUUAGAGUUUGUGACUAAUGACAAGUAUUAGAAAUCAAGUCAUGAUCUUAAAAUGUUUGUUAUUCAUUCAUAAUUCAGUUGUAUUAGAAAUUGUACUUUUUAUCAGUGCCAAAAUGUAGUUAUGUAUAUAUAUGUAUGUAAUGUGAAACGCAAUUUCUGUAUGUAAGCAAAAUUGUACAUUGUAUAAAAAUUAUGUAUAAUUCAGUAUUAAUUUUUUUUAAAGACUAAUACUUUGUAUUUAAACUGCUGUAUAUAUCAGCUGAUAGAGUUCUUAAUAUUUCGGCUACAUGAUUGAGAAAUUGUUCAUAAACAUUGCUGUUUUGUAAAUAUGAUUUAGUUUAUUUAUUAUGAUUAGUUAAUAAAACUAUAAUAUUA